AUCUCAUCUAUCUCUGAAUCAACAGCCUGAGGCUCAACUAAGAAAGACAUGGAGGACUUCCCCCAGGCUAUCCUACACCGUAGUAGAAGGCGACGAACGCGGGCGUCGAGCGAGUACCUUGGAGUCCGUCGCAGACCGUGGGGGCGCUACGCCGCUGAGAUCCGGAACCCUUACACCAAGGAGAGGCAUUGGCUAGGCACCUUCGACACUGCAGAGGAAGCUGCACUCGCCUACGACCUCUCCUCUAUUUCCUUCUGUGGGCCAGCAAGAGCUCGGACGAACUUCCGCUACCCUUUCCUGCCCGCUCCAUCGCCGCCACCUCCGCCACCGCCACCGCCUCCAUCGCCCUUGUCCGAGGAGACGAAUGUGUGCUACUUCGAGGUGGAUUCCACGGGCGAUGAUGACUCCAUGACCAUUGCUGUCAUCCUGCAGAGUUUUCGACAGUCUACGUCCCUCUCUUCCUCCUCUCUUCUCUUCUGAGAUCGGAUAUGGCCGCCAUAAUCGGAAUAAGAUAGUUAUGAGGAAGUAGAAACUGAGGUGAGUCAAUGGUCAGUGAGAUGACCAGAGGAACAACUUAGUUACUAUUAUUACUGGAAGUUUGCCAAUAUCAUCAUUGAUCCCUUACCAUGGGUCAAAAAGAUGUUCUUGGAUGAUAGGUUUCUUAAUGUCAAAGCACGUAUUUUGUGAUUUCA